GCCCCACCGUACCCCCGCUCCCCGCUCCGCGGUUCCUUUUCCGGGUUGCCUUUUAGAGGUCCCGGUUUUCACCCAGGCCUUGGCCAUCCGAGCUCCGCUUGUUCCCAGGGUCCAUUUCCUUGCAGGCGCUGGGCCGGGUCCCAGGCGCCGAAAACGCGGAGCCUCUGCGCUAGCCGGGCGACGGGGAAGGACCACGCCUGGCAGCAGAGGGCGCCAGUGCCCGCUUUCGGCUGCGUCGCGUCCGCGGGGAGGAUGUCCUACAGGGGGCGCCCGGCAGUCGGACGCACAGCGGGGAAAGAGUCAGCCCCGCACACCCCCAGCCCGGUCCGCGUGAUUAGAGUGCCUUGGCCCGGCCCAUCCUUGGUGAUCAGUAUAUAAGUGCGGACGCUGGGACCCAAUUCUGUCUGGGGCGGUUGCGUCGUCCGCGCGGGUGUGGUGGCCCGGCCUCCCAGAUUUGGCGUUGUACACUGAAGUCAUCAUGAACUUCUUCCAACUCCUGAGGAAAAAGAAGGAACUUAUUCCUUUGGUGCUGAUCAUGACCACAGCAGCGGGUGGAGCUUUGUCUUUUGCUGUAUAUUCCCUUCAAAAAACUGAUGUGAUCAUUGAUCGGAAAAGAAAUCCAGAACCUUGGGAAACCGUGGACCCUAAUGUACCUAGAAAGCUUCUAACCAUCAACCAAGAGUGGAAACCCGUUGAAGAAUUGCAGAAAGUCAGAAAAGCCACCAAAUGACCAGCUUUUGCUUCUUUCUUCCAAAAAAUACUCUAUGAAUCUAGUGGAAACAUUGCUGCACAAACUAGAUUAUGGAUACCAGUGUGCGGAAAUGCUUCUACGUUUUUAGGGCUUGACUACAUUUUUGGACUCUGGAUAGGAUUUAUAAAGGUAGUGUAGCAAUAGCCACAUAGUUCAAAAAUAAGUUUGUGUUUAUUUUCUCGUUGUAAAUUUAAUUUGCAUAUUGAGAUUUUUAUGUUUAUGAUGCCUGAAUGUUUUCCUAAAAGCGUGUAAAGAUUUAUAACCUGAAUUGUCUAUAAUAAAAUACUACUUGUGCGAGAUUUUUUAAAGAUACAUAUUCAAUUGAAGGAGAAUGUCCUUUUAUGGGAGAAAAACAACAUUUUGC